AUGCAGGGUCACGGAAGGUGCUUGAAACUCUUUCUUGCAUUUGCGCUGCUUUUGCUACAGUACACCCAAGGAGGAGAGGUGGACCACAGUCAAAGGGAUGCUAACGUGACCAUAAGGUGCAUAGAGAGGGAAAGGCAAGCACUCCUUGCAUUCAAACGUGGCCUGGUGGAUGAGGACAAUAGCCUCUCUUCAUGGGGUUCAGAAGCCCAGAAACAAGAUUGUUGCAGAUGGAUAGGAGUCUAUUGCAGCAACCAAACAGGUCAUGUUAUUGGACUUGAUCUUUCAUACAAAGUUAAAAGCAUACAUCAUGAUUUGCAAGGUAGGAUGAUUAGUCCUAAACUGAUUGAGUUGCACCAUUUACAACAUUUGGACCUCAAUAAUAUUAAUUUCAAUGGGUGCCAAUUUCCAUAUUUCAUUGGUUCUCUAACCAAUUUAAGAUACCUUGAUCUGUCUUGGACUAAUUUUGGAGGCAAGUUUCCAAGUCAGGUCGGAAAUCUUACGAACUUGGUGUAUCUGGACUUAAGUUUUAAUAGCUUUACAAAUGUAGAAAAUCUCAACUGGCUUCCUCUUCUUUUGUCAUUAAGAUAUUUGGACUUGAGUUUCGCGAAUCUUAGCAAUGUUUUCGAUUGGCCGGAAGCCGUUAAUAAGCUUCCUGAACUAACAAACUUGAGUCUACAAUCCUGUGAUCUUCCUUCUCCAAUUCUUUCCACUCUUUCUUACAUAAACUCUUCUAAAUCUCUUGCUAGCGUUGACGUUUCUUUCAACCAUUUGAGUACUUCUUCAGUAUUUCUAUGGUUGUCCAACUAUAAUACCAGCCUUGUACAUCUUGACCUCUCUAAUAACCUUCUAGCCGGUUCAAUUCCUGAUGUUUUUGGAAACAUGAGCUCUCUGGCACAUCUUGAUCUCUCUUUUAACCAACUUGAAGGGUCAUUACAGGAUCUUACAAACCUUUCAUCUUUGGAACUCUUGUAUCUUCAUGACAAUCAAUUAAGCGGAGUACUUUCAGGAACUCAUUUAUCAAAACUCUCCAAACUACGGAACUUGGAUUUAUCUUCUAACUCGCUAGUUUUAGACAUCCACGCUGAUUGGAUUCCUCCUUUCCAACUGCACUCCAUAAAUUUGGAGUCUUGCAAGAUGGGUCCGCAUUUCCCAAAGUGGCUUCAAACUCAAAAAAAUAUCUCAUACCUUUGUAUUUCUGAUGCCGGAAUUUCCGACAUCCUUCCAAGUUGGUUUUGGAGUUUAUGUCGUAAUGUGGAACAUAUGUAUCUCGCACGCAACCAAAUUAGAGGUACAUUUCCAAAUUUGACAUUGGAGUUUUCAUAUUCCCCUGAACAACAUUUGAGUUCAAACAAGUUGGCAAGUCAAAUCCCCUCAAUUCUAUUAAAUGCCCCAUAUCUAGAUUUGAGUUCGAACAAGUUGGAAGGUCCAAUUCCCUCAAUUCUAUCAAAAGCCUCAUAUUUGGAUCUGAGUUCGAACAAGUUGGAAGGUCCAAUCCCCUCAGUUCUAUCAAAAACCUCAUAUCUGGAUUUGAGUUCGAACAAGUUGGAAGGUCCAAUCCCCUCAGUUCUAUCAAAAGCCUCAUAUCUGGAUUUGAGUUCGAACAAGUUGGAAGGUCCAAUCCCCUCAGUUCUAUCAAAAGUCCCAUAUUUGGAUCUGAGUUCGAACAAGUUGGAAGGUCCAAUCCCCUCAGUUCUAUCAAAAGUCUCAUAUCUGGAUCUGAGUUCGAACAAGUUGGAAGGUCCAAUCCCGUCAGUUCUAUCAAACGCCAGACAUCUGGAUCUCUCUAAUAAUAAACUUUCAGGGUCAAUUUCGUUCUUGUGUUCAAGUGCAGCUAUUGGUUUAGUCUUUCUUAACCUCUCAAGCAACAAUGUUUCUGGACAAGUUCCAAAUUGCUGGACACAUUUGGAGAAUCUAGUCAUGCUUGAUUUGAGUUACAAUGCUUUGUCCGGGAAAAUUCCUACAACAAUAGGCUCUGUAUUUCGGAUUGAAACACUCAAAUUAAGAAGCAAUAGAUUUGUGGGACAAUUGCCUGCGUCGUUGAAGAAUUGCACAAGUUUAGCAGUUAUUGAUGUUGGGGAUAAUAAAUUAUCCGGACCAAUACCUGAAUGGUUAGGGGUUAGCUUAAAGAAUUUGGUUAUCCUGAUGCUUUCGUCUAAUCACUUCAAUGGAAGCUUGCCCUCACAAUUAUGCCAUCUAAUACGAAUUCAAAAUUUGGAUUUCUCUAUUAACAACAUCUCUGGAAGCAUACCUCCAUGCCUUAAAAAUUUGACUACUCUAGCUCAGAAAGGAAAUUCAAGUCUAACCAGCAAACAUACAUAUGCCACGCCUACUUAUCUCAGUAGAUAUAAUUAUCCUUAUGUCGACGAUGCAACCUUCAUGUGGAAAGGAGGAGUGCAGACAUUCAGAAGUAUUUUGUGGCUCGUGAAGAGAAUUGAUUUGUCAAGCAAUAAAUUAACAGGGGAGAUUCCAAGUGAAAUCAGUCAUCUUAUUGGGUUGGUUUCUUUAAACCUAUCGAGAAACCAAUUAACAGGUCAAAUAACUAAAGAGAUUGGAAACUUGCAAUCACUAGAUUCUCUUGAUUUGUCAAGAAACCAUAUAGAUGGAAGAAUUCCAACAAGCCUUGCUCGGAUAGAUCGUCUUGGUUUCUUGGACUUGUCAUAUAACAACUUGUCUGGCAAAAUUCCAGUCGGGACUCAGCUCCAAGGCUUUGAUCCCUCUUUUUAUGCUAGGAAUCUUCAACUCUGUGGACCUCCACUUAAAAAGAUGUGUGCUGAUGAAGUGGGAAAAGGUCCAAGUGAGCAAACUGACUUCAUCAACCAAGAGGACAAGGAUGAGCUAAUAACACUGGGAUUCUACAUUAGUAUGGGGCUUGGAUUUGUUGCUGGAUUUUGGGGAGUUUGCGGCACCUUGAUAUUUUCAAGGUCAUGGAGAUACGCAUACUUGAAGUUCUUGAAUGGUUUAAAUGAUUGGCUUUUUGUGAGGAUAGCUUUGUUGAAGCGGCAAUUGAAGGAUGCUUAA